CAGAGGAUGUUCUAACACAGAGGCUGAGAUGAGCUGAAGUCCACUCUGUUUGUAUUUGAUCCUCCCGUCCAUCGAUCUGCUUCUCCAGCAGUGAGAUCUUUUACUCAACGAUGAUGCGUCUCAGCAUGAAGGCCUGUCUGCCUCUGCUGUUUGGAAUAUCUCUUUUGUUUUCUGUGGAGGGUGAGAGCAACAAGACAGCUACUGCUGCACCAACCACAGCCAGCAUGCUGCUCACCUCUGCACACAAUAAAUCAGAGACUCUUGGGACAACUUGGGAUCAUUCUGCAACUCACAGUCCUACAGAAGUGGCUGCAACAGCUCACGCCACUGUGUCACACACAGCAGAAACAGAGGAGGCAGUUGUAAGAAACAGCAGCGUGGCUGGUUUGGUUGUUGUGAGCACAGCGGCAGCAGCAGUGACAAGAAGCUCAGGUCCACCGAUGCUUCGUACCUCAACAGCGGUGACCACAGCUCAGCCUGCAGGUGAUGCACAACCUCCCCGUGAUACAACAAUCUCAGAAACAUCGAAACCUACAGAGGACGAGAUGCAGCGACGAUCAUCCACCAACUCUACGGACGGGGGUACACCUGUAAUGACCUCUGCAGCAUCGUCAACGUUGCAGCGACGAUCAUCCACCACCUCUACUGACGGGGGUACACCUGUAACGACCUCUGCAGCAUCGUCAACGUCGCAGCGCCUCACGUCCGCCAUUAAACCUGAGGUUACAUCGAGUGUAUCUCCCAGCAACUCCUCUACCAUCAGCAGUCCCUCAUCUUCUACCUUGACUGUAACAAACCCUGCCUCCGAGGUAUCACCUGCAUCUGACCCCACUUCUUUACCAGUCAUGACAACAAAGACCCUCACCACCGGCAGCUCCGACAUUUCAACCACGUCUCAACCCGUUUCUCACCACGUCUCCUCGUCGCAGUUCCCCGACACAGCGGGGUCGAGCUCUCCCACUGAGUCUUCCACCGCCACAGUCUCCGACAGCUCCUCCAUCUCCACCUCUGCCGUCUCCACCAGUCCGGCAGGUAUCUUUCCCAAGAGGUUGCCAAGCCCAUCAACUACACCAACUCCAUCAGCUACAGUAGCACCUUGUAAAGUCUCAAAAGUCCCACCCAUCAUACCUGAGGUCCAGCCCUGCUCUACCCGCGGCGUGGUGAGCCACUGUCUCAUCGCCAUCGCCUCUCUGGCUACAUUGGCCACCAUCUUCAUGGUCACUACCGUUGUCCUGUGCUCCAAGCUGUCAUCGAGGAGGUACAAGGUCAGGAGGCACCAGCAGUCGACUGAGAUGAUGUGCAUCUCUGCCCUGCUGCCUGAGGAGGAAUUUUCCUACAGAAGGCACCGCACCCCGAUCACCAACGGCAUCCUGGUGAUCCCAAGCGGCCGAGACAGUGACGACGAAGUAGGAGAUAACGUCACUCUCAGCAGCUUCCUCCCAGAAAAUGAGCGUUAUGUUUAGAGACAUCAGAUUUGCAGAUUAUGGAAGGACUGAGGACUUAUUGACAACUCAGAGCUCUUUACAGUCACAGUCAUUCACUAUACACAACGCUUUUCCUAUCCAGUGCAGACGUUAGGGCCAGUUUGGGGUUCAGUAUCAAAAGAUACUUCAUAAUGCAGCCUGGAGGAGUCGGGGAUCGAACCGUCGAUCUUCAUCUCUACCUCCUGAGCCACAGAUGAAAGAUUAGACGGAUCAGGCUGAUGUCAGUGAUGUAGAGACAGUUGCUGUUUUAAUAACAAACCGCUUCCUCUUUGAUGUUGGUGGUAGCUUCAGUGCACGCUCCUGCAGGAAGUAGUGACACACGCACAUUUUAUAAUCUUAUAAAGAGUGAACAUCUGAAAGUGGCGCACGAUCAAUGAUUUUAUUUUUUUGGGCCUCGAUGGUAUUUCACUCAGGAAGACUUGUUUCGUCACAGACGCUGGUCUCUGGUCCUGUGAGGCUUUAUCAUAUAAAUUGAGUAUUUUGACUGAUCACAAACUUUGUGUGUCUCUGAAUGUGUGAUAUUUGUUUUGAAAUACAGUUUCUGGGAUAAUUUAUUA